AUGGAUUUUAGAGACAAAGAUAGUUCUGUUGAUGAGCACCAGCAGCGGCCUAUCCAACCGUCGUCAUUGCCGCUGUCACUGCCACCACCGCUCACGUCACCGCCGCCGCCGCUAUCGUCACUGCCACCACAGUUGCUAUCACUUCCACCGUCGCUGCCGCCACCGCCGGCUCCGCCUCGCUACUACACACAGCGCGUACAUAAGUCCGCAGAGCACGAGCUCACUGAAAACACUGUUCUAAUAUCUAAUGUAGACAGAUUGACAAGAGGUGAUUUAAUUACAUCCAUUGACAAUCAAAAUGUUAAUGAUAAUCCGAUAAAUAGCCAGGCUGACAUUUAUAAAUCUUACGAUGAAGAAAACCCCGACUUUAAUACUGAGGACAAUAUCACAAAUAAAAUGUGUGACAGAUAUCGUAACAUAUCCGACAAUGUCCAGUGGAAUGACAUGUUUGAUACCGAAUUAAUUACUGAAAUUAGUGCAUCAAAAAAUGUCAAAGAUAUGGAAGAUAGUGUUCAAUCUAUCAAUGAAAUCAGAAUCGAAACUAACGAGGGGAAUUGUAAAGCAAAUAUCAAUAAAAAACAAAAAAAUGCGAAUGAAAUCGGAAAACCAAAGCGGGUCAACCAAUCUAAAGUAACGGAUGUAAUUACUAAAAAAGUAAAAAGGGCUGCAGAUAAAAGCGACAAAGCAGUGACGAAGAAAAACUUUCGUAAACAAAAAUAUACCAAGACUGUCACAACCUGGUUGAAUGACGUCGAUCCGAGGAACACGGUCGAGGAAGAGGAGAUGUAUCCUGGCGCGAAGCGACCAGUGCCGUCGGCUCGUCAACUCAAUAUACCUAAAAUUACUAAAGAAAAAGUGGCCAUAAGCACUAAGAAAGUAGUUCAAGCGCAGUUGAAAAAUAAAGAUGGCGUUAUGAAGUUCGAUAAACCAACCAAACCUGGAAGCUGUAGGGACAAGACUGCCGGUGCAGCCUCAGAGGGAGAUACGUCAGCGAAUAAAGAGGCUGAAAAAAACAAAGUUAAAGAAAAGAAGAGGAGGAAUCCGAAGUUCGUAGCGCCUAUCAAGUCCCAACCUACCACAGACAAUGAUACGACAUAUGAAGUCCACACCGUUGAAGAGGCCGGCGUAUGUUUGUUCUCCAGUAAUGGCUUCAACCAGCUCAACAGCCAGCACACUGAGGACCUCUGCUUGCCGGAGGGAGUCAUGUUGCACGUUGAUGAUACUUUCUAUUACUUGAAGGGCACUGGACACUACGACAUUGGAGAGAUAAUGUUGAAAGUCCUGCGAGACAACACUACAGUGUGCUACGAUGGCAAAGCCCUCCUCAUGUACUUGAUGGACAAAUACAACCUGGAGAUUGACGCCACACUCAAUAUUAUCGACACGAAGAUAGCGGGCUGCCUGCUGGAGGCGGAGCACCCGCCGCUGCGGGGCGGAGCGCGGCCGCAGCGGGGCUGCGACGCGCGGCAGCAGGCGGCGCGCGGCUGCGCCCGCCUGCGGGCCGUGGCCGAGGGACUGCGCGCGCGGCUGCGCCACGACCAGCUCUGGGACGUGUUUGUCGAUAUAGAGAUGCCUCUGCUGCCUAUACUUGCUGAGAUGGAGCACCGCGGCGUGGAGGUGGACGUGGAGCGACUGAAGGCGAUGGAAAGCGUGCUGGAGGCGGAGAUGCGGCGGCAGGAGGCGGCGUGCUACGCGGCCGCUGGCCGCUGCUUCCAGAUCACCUCGCCCCUGCAGGUGCGCGCGCUGCUGUACGACGAGCUGCAGCUGGACAGCAAGCUGCGGCUGCGGGUGCCCGCCACCGCGGCGCAGGGGGCCAAGUCCACCUCCGAGGCUACGCUGCGCAGCUUGUCCGCGGCGCACGCGUUGCCGGGCUGCAUCCUGCAGUACCGGCGGCUGCACAAGGCGUACGCCACGUACGUGGCGGGCGUGGCGCAGCACGUGCGCGGGCGCACGGUCACUGCUAGCUGGGAGCAGGUGGCGGCGGCGACCGGCCGCAUGGCCAGCAGCGCGCCCAACCUGCAGGCCAUACCCAAGGCGCCCUUCCACCUCGCGGGUGACGCGGGCACCGCCCACGAAGACGCAAAUAAUCUAGAAGGUUCGACGUGGAGUCCCCGUUCGCCGCUGCUGCUUCGCUCGGUGUUCGUGGCGGGCGCCGAGCACGUGCUGCUGGCGGCGGACUGGCAGCAGGCGGAGUGCCGCGUGCUGGCCGCGGCCGCGGGCGACGCCGCGCUGGCGGCCGCGCUGGCCGCCGGCGACCUGUUCCGGGCGCUCGCCGCGCUGUGGUGCGUGCCCGCUGCUGCCUGCAGCUGCUGCAAACGUAAACUCCACGCAGUAUGCAGCUUGAGCUACCGCCACUACCUGCUGGGCAAGCCGCAGGGCGCGGUGGCGGCGUGCGAGCGCGCGCGCGCCAAGCGCGUGGCGUACGCCGCGCUGUACGGCGCCGGCGCGCGCCGCCUGGCCGCCGCGCUGGGGGGGCGCCACGCGGCGCCACACGCGCUGCGCAGCUUCCACCAAACAUUUCCAUCAUUGAAGAAAUUCAGCUCGGGCGUGUGGUCGCGCGCGGCGGCGGCGGGCGGGCGCGUGCGCACGCUGUGCGGCCGCAGCCGGCGCCUGCCGCAGCUGGUCGGCGCCGACCGCGCCCGGGCCGGCGCCGACGCCCGGGCCGGCGCCGACGCCGCGGCGCGGGCGCGGGCGCGGCGGCAGGCGCUCAAUUACGUCGUGCAGGGCACGGCGGCGGACCUGUGCAAGCUGGCCAUGCGGCGCUGCUGCGCGGCGCUGCGGCAGCGGCGGCUGCGGGCGCAGCUGCUGCUGCAGCUGCACGACGAGCUGCUGUGGCGCGUGCCCGAGGGGGACCUGCGGCCCGCUGCACGCGUGAUCAAGCGUGAGAUGGAGCGGUGCGGCGCAGGCGUGGGCCUGGAGCGGCUGCCCGUGGCGCUGCGGGUGGGGCCGGACUGGGGCCGCAUGCAGCGCUACACGCUCGAGGACCACUCUGAUGAUGAACACGACCUUUAACUUCUUCCACGCGACGUCAUGCGCAUAGAAAAGUCGUCGCUCUGGCGUUUCGCCCGUCAGUUGCCUAAAAAGAUGACAUGAAGCCAGCACUAUACUAGCGAUCCCUGAUGUAUCCGACGAUGAUGUAACGUUAACUUACACAUUUUGAGAUGCAACAAUAUUCCUACGCCAUCCACGCAGUUGAUAUUUUCCCUUGUCGACUGUGUAUCGUUGUUUCAAAAAAAAUGUUUUCCUUUUUGUACGAGUUCAAUAUCACUUUUAGUAAUAAACUUGUAUAAGUACAACUUUUCCCGUGCCGCUGACCUCGUUCGAUAUCAAGUUAACAAUAACUACAAUGAAGUACUUCCUAGUGCGCAGUGCGCAUGCGUGACACAUUGAUAUGAAUCGGUUUCUGACUAAAUAAGUUAUGAAUUACUAACUAUUAAUAAAACUUUUGUUAAGUA